UUAAUACAAUUUCAGGUUCUAAUGGCAACUAUUUCUUUGCGAAGAACAAAAGAAAAGGGAUUGAUUGGGUUGCCACCUAAAAUUAUAGAGACUUGUUAUGUGGAACUUUCUAGAGAAGAACGUGAACUGUAUGAUAAGAUGGAAGGGGAAGCUAAGAGUGCUUUCCGGUAUUAUAUCAAUGCUGGUAAUAUGAUGCGCAACUACUCAGCUGUACUAAGUAUACUCCUCCGACUUCGCCAGAUAUGUAUUGAUUUGGCCUUGUGCCCUUCAGAUCUCAAAUCACUACUCCCUUCUCAGAAUAUUGAAGAUGUAUCCAAUAAUCCGGAGUUGCUGAAAAAGAUGGUUGAGGUGCUGCAAGAUGGUGAAGAUUUUGACUGUCCAAUAUGCAUUUCACCACCAACUAAUAUUAUUAUUACACGUUGUGCCCAUAUUUUUUGCCAAGCCUGUAUUUUGAAAACCCUACAUCACAAACCCCGCUGCCCCCUUUGUCGGGGUCCUUUGACACAGUGUGACCUGUUCUCAGCCCCUCCGGAAACUUCUGAUAAUGAUGACACUGGAGUACCCUCUUCAAAAACAACCACAUCUUCCAAAGUCUCUGCUCUUCUAAAAUUUCUCAUAGAGUCUAGGGAUCAAAACCCAGCUACAAAAUCAGUAGUAUUUUCACAGUUCCGUAAGAUGUUGUUAUUACUUGAAAAGCCCCUAAAAGCUGCUGGUUUCAAGAUUUUGCGCUUAGAUGGGUCAAUGAAUGCAAAGCGAAGGACUCAAGUAAUUGAAGAAUUCGGUGUCCCUGGACAAGAUGGACCCACAGUUUUGCUUGCAAGUCUUAAGGCUUCAGGAACAGGCAUAAACCUCACUGCAGCUUCUAGAGUCUACUUGUUGGAGCCAUGGUGGAACCCAGCAGUUGAGGAUCAGGCAAUGGAUCGUGUCCACCGGAUUGGGCAGAAGGAGAAUGUGAAGAUUGUGAGGUUGAUUGCUCGAAAUAGCAUCGAAGAGAGGAUAGUAGAGUUGCAGGAGAGGAAGAAGCAACUUGCAAGGGAAGCUUUUGGAGGUAGGGGCCCAAAGGAUAGGAGGGAGAUUGGUUUAGAUGAUCUCCGUGCCCUCAUGUCGCUGUAAGCUCUUUUUACCCUUACCAUAUACAUCUGUGUGCAUGAAUAUUACAUUUGCUAGCGCAAAUAGUCGAAUGUUGCACCCUCCCAUUGCAGAACUUGUGCACGCUUCUAGAUACACAGGCAAAUCUACACAUUUGUGUAUAUAGAGGAUAGAUUUUUGGACUUGCCAACAGUUUCUACAAAGUUUAGGUGCUAAAGAGAAAGAUCCAAAUUGGAAGUUUAAAUCCACUUGUACGCUUGGGACUGUGGCCAACAGGAAUAUAUGCAGAAUCUUUGAACAUUACUGUUAGCUAGGUUUCAGGGUAAUGAUAAUUUUCAUUCUCUGCCUUGUUUUGAAACCCUUUAGCAAGUGUAAUUUGGGUGGGAUGAAGCAAUAUUUUGAUUUGCAAGUGAUUGCUCAUGGUCAUAUCAUGUUUACAGAGGCGAAAUCUAUCAUGCUUUCUUUUC